UCUUCAUUCGUAAGAUAGUGAGAUUUUGGAUUGGGUUUCAGACGAAAGUUUGCUUCCAAUAUCAAGAGCUAAAAAACUCCAAAAUAAAUUGAAUUUUUUUAAAGAAAUCGAGGGAAAAUGUCGAGCAUUUGCUGCCCUUUAUCCUUUUCAUCGUCAACGAACUUGCCAAGAAAUGGGUUUUCAUCCAAAUCCCGCUCCAAUUCCAAGGCUUUCAGGGUCCAUUGCGCUGUGGGAGAGAUAGUUGCAGAACCCAAAGCUGUUAGUGUUGAGGAGCCUCUCUUACUUGAAGCUGUGAAAGGGAAAAAAGUGGAAAGACCUCCAGUUUGGCUUAUGAGGCAAGCAGGGAGGUACAUGAAGAGUUAUCAAACGUUAUGUGAGAAGUAUCCUUCUUUUCGUGAAAGAUCAGAAAAUGUGGAUCUCGUCGUGGAAAUCUCGCUGCAGCCUUGGAAAGUUUUCAAGCCCGAUGGGGUUAUACUGUUUUCUGACAUUCUAACACCUCUUCCUGGGAUGAACAUACCAUUUGACAUUGUAAAAGGAAAAGGCCCAGUUAUAUACAGCCCUUUAAGGACAGCUGCUGAUGUUGAUCAAGUUACAGAGUUUAAUCCUGUGGAAUCAGUUCCAUAUGUAGGGGAGGCAUUGGCAAUUCUGCGAUCAGAGGUAAAAAAUGAAGCUGCAGUUCUAGGAUUUGUCGGGGCUCCUUUCACAUUGGCAUCUUACGUGGUUGAAGGUGGUUCAUCAAAGCACUUUUCAAAGAUAAAGAAUAUGGCUUUUUCUCAACCAAAGGUCCUCCACGCUUUACUGCAGAAGUUCACAAACUCCAUGUCCGAGUACAUAAAAUACCAAGCUGAUAACGGAGCUCAGGCAGUCCAAAUCUUUGAUUCCUGGGCAACAGAGCUCAGCCCUGUUGAUUUCGAGGAAUUCAGCCUCCCAUAUCUAAAACAAAUAGUGGAUUCCGUCAAAAUUACACAUCCAAAUCUGCCAUUAAUCCUAUAUGCAAGUGGUUCAGGGGGCUUAAUUGAGAGACUCCCUUUAACGGGUGUUGAUGUUGUUAGCUUGGAUUGGACUGUAGAUAUGGAGGAAGGCCGACGAAGGCUGGGAUCUGAUAUCGCAGUUCAAGGAAACGUCGAUCCUGGAGUUCUUUUUGGGUCCAAAGAAUUUAUCACCCAGAGGAUUCUUGAUACUGUGAAAAAAGCUGGUAGUAGUAAGCACAUUUUGAAUCUUGGACAUGGCAUUGUUGUGGGAACUCCAGAGGAGAAUGUUGCUCACUUCUUUGAAGUGGCCAAAGGCAUCAGAUACUAGAUUCAGGUUUCUAUUUGAUCUGAGGAUUUUCCUUCUCUGUUAUCUGAUUCUUAUUAGGUGUUAUUAGCUUGUAAUUGUUUAUGAUUUUUGUUGGGGAGAAAUAUUUAAUGAUUUCCGGCGCCAUUUUUGGCUAUAUUGUUAGGUCAGUAUCUGUUUGUAAAUUAAGGUUGCGAACAUAAUUUAUUCUUCAAAAAAUGAUUCAAACUUAACCUA